GUUGGUCUCCGUUCGGCUUAAACACAAAUCCUUACCCGGUCUCUAUCGUCCGUCUUCAAUGGCUAAAAACAAUCUGGUCGUUGGAAAGUCUCCGGGUUUUUUAGAGAAUUUCCCUAUGAUAGAGAGAAUGGUUCAUAUCUCCAUAGGUGGCCAAAUAUCCUAA